AUGCCCCCUAAAAACAAACCCUCCCACCCCAUCCCCACACCUCUCCAAAUCACCCAACGCACCGCCCGCGUCCGCGAAGUCUUCCAUCGCUCCGGCUUCGAACCUAUAAUCCCCCGUCAAAAAGCCAGCACGCGCGAUAUCCCCGCAAAGAAGCACGAGUGGGUGAGUAGAGUCCAUUAUUCCUCGCCACCGGAGGGGGCUCUGAGGGAGGUUCUUUGUGAUGCUAUUGAGGAGCUGGGGAAUGGGAUGGGAAUGGGGAUGGAUGUGGGAGGGGUGAGAGUUCCUGAGAUUGGAGGGUUGGAUGUUGAGUGGGUGGGUUGGAGAAGGGGGGGUGGUGGUGAGGAUGAUGAGAGGGAGGAGAUGGGGGAGAAGGGGAGGUAUGAGGGUAUGAUGAAAGAGGUGGAUAGUGAGAUGGUGGUUUUGUUUGGGUAUGGGGGGGCUUUUAUGUAUGUACUCUCCAUUCCCCUCUAUAACCAAAAAAGAAACUCCAUCUACACACCCAUUAGCGUAUAAACCCUCAAAACUAACAACAAACCCAGGCUAGGCGGUCCCUCCACCGCUCGUCCUCUCGCGAGUAAACUCGCACACUUAACAAAAGCCAGAUGCUACAUCCCCAAAUACCGCCUCGCACCACAAAACACCUUUCCAGCGGCGAUCCUCGACAUGCUGCACGCAUACCUAACACUCCUCUCCCCACCACCGGGCUCCCUCCACGCCCCCGUGGCACCCCAAUCCAUCAUCUUCGCAGGCGAAUCCUCAGGCGCAAAUCUCGUUCUCGCAGCCCUACAAGUCCUCCUCUCCUUCUCGCGAAAAUCCACAUCUCAAGGUGUUGAGCCCAAAAUACCCUUUCACGGUCGACAAGUAAAACUAGACCUCCCAGCAGGAACCGCCCUCCUCAGCCUCGUAGCCGACAACGUCCUCACAACACCCUCCUGGACAUCCAACGCAGGAAGCGACAUCUUCGACGACGAGUCCCCCGCCAUCACACCGGGGUUUCCCAGCGAUGCCUCAUGGCCCUCUACUCCGCCGCGGGGGCACAUCUACACUGAACCCCGAAUGUUGAUGCACCCCCUGGUUAGUACUUGUACCACGCCGCCACACCUCUGGGCUGGCGCACCGCCGUUGUGGAUCGCGAUGGGGGGUGGUGAAAGGCUGCUUGAUGCGGCGAAGAUGGUGGUUAGGGAUGUUGUUGGUGNACCUCUGGGCUGGCGCACCGCCGUUGUGGAUCGCGAUGGGGGGUGGUGA